AUGCCCGAACCAAGCGAUGCGCCUGUCGACGACUCCAUGACCUCGCCAACUGAGAAUCUGCCAGUUCAUAAUAGUCAGUCCGACGACGCUCGACAUCCUUCUUCGCCUCCGAAUCUGGCCAAUCUGGAUAUCUCGCGCCCGCCACAUCACCACCAUACGAGUUCGACAAGUAUUACACAGAGUAGAAGUCGGCGUUCGCUGGCCUCGCUCGCUCGGGAAAAAACCUCGAACGCUUUCGCCAAUUUGGCUUCAAUAGGCACCACAACUACUCCCAGUCUUCGAUCCGCCACCUCCUCGGGAAGUUUGGGGAGGCAUUCUGCCGUCACCGGUUCGAUCCGUCCAAACUUGCAACGCUCACCAACAUCACCAGAAGUCCAGUCCGUAACACAACGAAGAACCAGUGGAAUCCAUCAUCCAGGUCAAGAGCCUCGAAGCAGUACCACAGUUCCACCAAUGACGAAUCCCGAUCGCAACAAUGGACGGAUGCAUCAGACUUCCUCCAAGAUCCUACGAAUGACUGACGACGAGAGACCUUUCACCCGAGACUUCAAGGAUCUGUUCUCGACGCUAAUUACCAGUCUUCCUCUCACUCCUCAUCGUGUGAGGUUCUCUCGAGUGGAGGAAACAUUUCUGUCGGAAGAAGCCAUCACGAACCUGGGUUCUCUAAAGUUCUCGCAGUCCAACCGCAUACCCGACCCCAAGAACCCAACCCGAUGGGUCGUAACCACCACGACGACCACCUUCUCAAUGGCUAAGGAGAUGGCUCGUUCGGUAUGUCAACGAUUCAUAGACGCCCGCCUUAUCGAGUCCGCUGAGAGCAAAUCGAUCACAACGUUCAAUACCAAAGGCGGUGUCUGGCAGCUGACGCCCAAGGGUCUUUCUAUUCUGUCAACAUUCUGCAACCGCAACGGCAUCAAUGCGCGCCACAUCGAACCACUACUGAAGCGAAACCACAUGCACAUGGUCGCUCUAGAGAGAGACUCGUUGACGGACAAGAUUCACCAAGAUCGAGCAACCGUCGAGAUCAUUUUCCGACGAUUCAUGGGUUCUGAAGGUCCAAAUCUGAAGAGCUCAGUAUCUCUGUCCGACUCGGAUUCCAUCUCGGACUACGCUACCGGGUUGGUUGGUGUGAAGAUGGCGAAGGAGCGCAGGGUACUUGAUAAAGUUGUUCCCUACACCUUUACUGGAAAGGCAGCUUCCGACUGGCUCCUUGACUGCACCACCACCAUCGACCGCAGGGAAACGUAUGAGAUGGCAGAGUUAUUUGUCAAAUGGGGUCUCAUUCAGCCCGUAGUUGAAGACAGAUCCUACACCCGCCAAAACCCAAUGGCAAACUACUUCCAGCCCACAAAACAUGCCGUGUAUACGGUGACGGAGCGCGGUCAGCGUGUAUGCGGCUGGAUUGCGCGCCCGCCCAGUGUCGAGAGCGAAGACAGUCGCGACCUCAAAGAAAAGGGACGGAUGGCAAGAGACUCCAAUGUCGGUCGACUCAACGUUAUCUUGCAGGAUGCUGCUUUACGGUUGUUGUUUAGAGAAUUUCUCAGGCAGUCACUGUGUGAAGAAAACCUUGGCUUCUAUCUCGACGUAACAGAGUUCAUCUCUGCAUAUCGUCAAUUGGACGAGUCAGGAAGACUGAACAGGCCAGAUGUCGUGAGGGAGACUCUAGCUGGGGCAUACGGAUUAUACAAUUCCUUCCUGGCUUCCGGUGCCCCCUCCGAGCUGAACAUUGACCAUGCCCUGCGAAAUCGCCUCGACAGCCGCAUGAUCCGCACAAACCCUGACGAGGAAUCCAUGAGAGAAUCUCUCGACGAGGUCAUCGAACUGUUUGAGCUUGCGCAGGCCGCUGUGUUCAAGCUCAUGGCAAGUGAUUCGGUUCCCAAGUUCCUUCGCGACCCCAAAAACGCCACAGUCUUCCGAGAUCACGAAAUUGAUCUAAUAUCUGGCGCUAACCGUACCUUGUCUCCAGCCCCCGAAGGCAUUGUGAGCCGGUCGAAUACACGAUCAUGA